UACAUUUAACUUUUAAAGACACUGCCAAACUGUUUUCUAAAGUUGCUAUACCUGUUUGCGUUUUUUUUUCCCCACCAGCAGUAUUUUAGCAUUCCAUUUCCUCCUUAUUUUUGGCAACAAUUGGUAUGGUCAGAUUUUUAAAUUUUAUUCACAGUCCUCAGUUAAUAGAAGCAGCGCGCCUGAAGCAGAAUGAGGCUAAAAGCGUGGGUGCUAGCUCCCACAGCCAGGCCUCCCUUCUGGCGACCAGGAAGGUCGCAGAGCCAGUGCGGGCGCGGGACAAGGGACUAGCCAGCUUCAGCUGCGUCCAGACCUGGGCGGGUCGCCAGGUGAGCGAUCCUGGGUGCUCGAAACAAGACGCUGGCAGCAGUGCGUCCACUGGGCGAACCACUGGCAUGGAGCAGCGUGCUGGGGGCGCCGAAUGUUAGUGUGCUGGACUCUGCAGACAUAGAAGUCACAGACAGCCGUCUGCCUCAUGCCACUGUUGUGGAACACCGGCUCCAGCAUCGUCAGUCAGAGACCCUGCGUACAUGUGCCACGCCUUCCCAAGCGACCCAGGUUAAACCACGUUGUGCUUCAAAGGCACCCCAGUCCUCUGGUCGGUUCUGCGUGGAGCUGGUCCGCGAUUCCGCAGGCUUUGGCUUCACCUUAAGUGGGGGCCGAGAUACAGCUGGAGAUGCCCCACUGGCUGUGCGUGGGCUGCUGAAGGACGGGCCAGCACACCGCUGUGGUCGUUUACAGGCUGGUGACCUCAUGCUCUACAUCAAUGGAGAGUCAACACAGGGUCUCACCCAUGCCCAGGUUGUGGAGCGGAUCCGGGCUGGAGGUCCCCGGCUCCACCUGGUGCUUCACCGGCCUCUUGAGACUCACCCUGGCAAGACUGAGGGGAUUGGAGGGCCCCGGAAAGGAGAUGACUGCAGCCCGGAUCCUGAGGGGCCGGAAGUGAGAUUUCGAAGCUCCAGCACUUCCCCAGUUCGGCAUCCUCGAUCGGGUACGACGCCCAAGACCUGGAGGAGCCUAGAGGCUAGUACCGAGGCACGCGGGCCCUAGGGGUCCGGGGGGCGGCGCAGCUUGCUCAUUAAAUGGCAGCCGGUAGGCGGAGGCACUGAGCACACUCAUCAGACGUCUGGAUGUCCCAUAGUCACUUGGAACCGCCCAACUUGGAUCUGCGUGCACUAGCUUCCACUUGGUCAGGUCGACCGACCCUCCCACAUCAGCCAGCCCCACGCUUCUGGCUUCUGGCCGUGGGCGGGGUACUAAUAAAAUGGUUCUAUCCAGC